CUCAACCGCACCUGAGAAAGUAUACUAAGUAUACUAAUAUCAACUCGCGUGCCUCACACGCGUUCAGUCUCGUGUUCCUUUUGCCUAGACAAGCUACGACCCGCACAACAGGAGCCUGAUAUUUCUAUCGUACAACCGUCUUGUUCAGGCCUCUGGUUUCGUCCAAUCCACAAAGUCAGCUCAUCGGCACGCCUCUGGAAGGAACCAAUGACUUUUCGACCUCUGUUGAAGGCGUCCACUGCUUCGUUACACUAAGCCUUGUUGGGCCAUUGGUCGGAAGCUCGCGUGGACUUCACAUCCUUCCUCGACGAUCUUUACACGGCUACGCUACUCAAUCCGGGUUUUUGUGUAGCAUUGGGCAAGAGUUGGAGGAUACAUUAGGGACUGAGUUACCCUGGGAUACGUACUACGCCGUCUGUCGCUUGUUCUGGUCAUCGUCGCAGGCAAAAUGUUUUCAAGAAGAUUCUACCUUUCACUUUUUGGCGCAGUAGCUUGGUCUACUACCGCUGCUGAUACGAUCCUGAAUAUUCUCGACGCAGUUUCCUCAUCUGCGGCUCAAUCCUCGUUGGUCGGACUAGCUGUUACCGCGAGCGCUUUCGACCUCGGCGCAGUUGGCGCAGUGACGGUAUUUUCAGCUCAGUAUGCUUGGACAAGAGAUGGGAUCAUCAAGGACUCACCACAAGCCGCAAGGAUUCUUGCCAUAUCUUGUGUAUUGAUCUCUGCUGGCGCUUUGGUCAUAUCGAUGGCGUCGAUGAUAACUAUUCGGUUACAUCUGCAAGAGUUGGAACACGGAAAGCAUAGCGUCAUUUCUAAUUGGAGUAAUAGCUCAUCAGGUCAAAUCGCCGUAUGGCUACUCGCCUGUCUCAGCCAGAUCGCACUCUAUACUUCACCAUUGUGGUGUAGGUCGAAACAACACACGCAGUCAGUGGACGUAUCAGGGCCUCGCGACUCUGUAAUGUCUGAGAUGCGUUAUUCGACAGCGACCCCGAAUCUCUAUAUGCUGGAAGCCACCCAGCCAUCUUCUCCACUCGGCGCUCUUCCAUCGCCCACCUGGUCCAACCGGUCAUCGUCCCAGUCGUUGAGGUCCUGGAGAGAUUCUCUGCAACAUGUCGUACGGCCUAUUUCAUCGCGGAGCAAACUUGUCAGCAGGCCUUCUUUCAACCGCGAGGCCCUGAGCGUUCACUCUGACGGCUUGUCUGUGAAGAGUGCAACUCAAGUUGACGCGUUCGACUCGUGGGAGGUUGACGCGCAAAGCAAGGGUGCUGUAGCACAGCUUGCCUUGCCCUCCGUAUUGAUGCCAUCUCGCGGCACAGCUCUAGAACCGAUUCCCGGAAGCCGACCAGCAAGUCCUGCUCGGGCACUAGAUGGUCCGUUCGUUCUGGAAGAUGACGAAGAACUACCUCCUCCACCCAAGCUAGCACUCGACACAUCGCGUCCACCAAGUCCUGCUGGCAGCGAAGCUCACAUCCACCCUCUUUUCAGAAGCGAAAGCCCGACUCCGGCUCCUGCUACAACACCCGGCACAAGCAUAAUCGCAAGCCCACUCGCCAACCAAGUCAUUACUUGCCCGGCGCGUCCAUACAGCCGGAUGCGCUCAAACAGUAGCCGCUCCAACCCAACCAGUCGCGCUGCAAGCCCUGCCCUUGUUCAUCAACGCAGCUUCAUCAACGAGCGCACAAACAGCAAUCUCUCGCAGCGCUCGAGUUCACGAAGUCCUUCGCCUCCCAGCAGACGAAUGACUCCUCCUAUUCCAGAUUUUGUCCUCAACUCUUCACCUAGAAGUAGUGUGAGCGGCAGCCAGCGAAAGGUCAACCUCAACAUCGACACAAGUCGAUGAAGACACCGCAUCCCUUCGGCGUUGUACGCCACCACACUGAAAGCUAUGCCCGGUCUGGCCACCUUACAUAGCACGAUGUCUACCGCAUCUCAUGCGUCAUGAUACGACCUCUUUCCUACUGUCACAGCGAGUCUCGCCGCGCUUACGUUUGAAGCCUGCACUCUGAUUUCCUUCUCGUUCUCUCUUGCCUACGGGCAUUGUUGCUUUAGCGCUGGGGGCUGGCGUUGCGUGAAAAUAGUGGGUGGGCCUCGGCUUUGGACCUGCGUAUUGAUACCACAGCAGCCUUAAUUUCUUGUCAUAACUUAUAUUGUAAAGCAUGGAUUUCCUAGGGGAAAGGAUUGGUGUAGACAGAGGAACGAGGGACGCAAGUCCAUUGCGCAGGCAGCAUUUCAAUACGAUGAGUUGCAAAAAGCAUGGUCGAGAUU